CCCGAAUAUUUUUCCCUGUCGUCUGCUCUCCGUCGCGCGUUCCCUCCAUAUAGCAACCUGCGGACGGAUAUAUUCGUUCAUUCGUAUGUUACGGGGUUUCUUUCAGUCGCUGCGAGGCGGAUACAAAAGUUGCGUUAUGAUGCACUAAAGUUGUGCUCGUGAGGAGUUGCAGCUCGCUCAACUGCUAAUGUGCUAAAGCGCUCGCGAGUCCGCGGACAAGCCGGUCCGAAUCAAUCUCUGAAGUAAAACGACGCAUAAUAUCCUGCUCUACUGACAGUCUUUGUAUGGGUUUGCCGGUUUGAGACGCGUAUACGAACGGGUGACCGUUUCUUUUUGCCAGCAUUCAACUCAACCGGCGGUAUGUACAGUACAUGCGCGCGACACUUUUGACAUUUAAUUGUCGCGAGAAUAUAUGUUUGUUAUUUGAUAUGCUGUGUUAUAUUCUGUGGUUUGUUGGAGGGGCGUUUACCGUGUUGGAGCUUGCAGCAUAAGCUUUUUGACGGGCAGAUCAUGGGCUGUCUGGAGUUUGACAAGCAGCUUAUGUAAUGCUGGCGAUUCCCCCGCUCGACAUACCGUCAGCAGUGCCCUAAAAAACAAGAAUAACGACGAUUAUUCAGAGUGCGACGUAAAGUUUCUCUUGCACGCGUCAUCGUUAAGGCGCAUUUAUUUUUUAUUGAUUUUUUCUUUUCGUGAGUUGUUUUUGCGUCUCGCGCUGCUGUGAAACACCGUGUUGAAGCGGCAACGCGUCUUGUUAAGAUCUUGUCACAUUUAUUGAACAUGCGGGAAGUUAACCGAGCAACUGUCGUGAACAUGAUCUGAACCAUACACAGCUUUGGAUUAUAGAAAUGCACUUUUCCACAUAAAUCUACUAAAGGAUCAAGAAAUGGAUCGUGGACUGAAACGUGGCAAUAAUGAGACGGACAGUUUAACAUUCGGGGAUUGUAUUGAGAGAGGCCUCAUGCCUGAUGUUGGUGUCAAUGUGUCCACUUUAAAUACGCAAAGCGAUUUUUCAAAUGGACUGGGCGGUGGUGACGUUCACAGACAUCACUCGAUGGCAGAGCCAUCCCCAUUAGGACAUAACAUUCAGGAACCAGAUGUUAAGAUAUUUAAACCAUUCAGAAUGCAGCACCAGCAAAACGUAAAAGAGCCCCUUGGUCUUAGCAUUGGGGAGAACUUUUCUCUCUUGGACGAGAGCAUUGCAGACUUAAAUCGCAGUUCUGGCCUCCAUGCCUCUGACACUUCCACACUGAAAAUGGAAGAGUUUUCUCCCAUGGAAAAAGACUUUUCAUCCUUUGGCAACCGGGAUAACGAUAUGGAUGGUAACGAGAGACUUAUUGCCGACAACACCUUGGAAAUCCUUAAGGAUCUGGACUUACCUGGCUCCCUAUCAGACCUAAAUGAGUUCUAUGUUGCCGACGAGACUGCCUUUCUCUCGUCCCUGCAAGUGGAUGAUGCCCUGCUGGAAGAGAGCAACUUGCUGAAAGAGACCAGCCCUGUUGUCACUGGCAACAGUGGGACCUGUACAAAUGUGAAUGGCAGGAGAAAAUGGCAGCAGAUGGUGGAUCCCAGUGUCAACAUGCCCGUCAUAAAAACGGAGAAAGACACAGACUUUAUCCAGCUUUGUACACCGGGUGUCAUCAAACAGGAGAAUGAGAGGCGGAGCUACUGUCAGAGGUCAGGGGUGGGUGGGUCUCAUUGCGGCCCCGUCGCGGUGGGAGAUAUGGGCACACAGGGAUUCCACUAUGGAGCCAACGGCGCCUCAGCUGUGAAUUUACCAGACCAGAAACCUGUGUUCGGUCUAUUUCCUCCCCUACCUGCCUUAAAUGACGACUGGGUUCGAGGAAAUGGAUACGGGGAUCUGUCCGGGAUGCAGAGAGCUAAUGAGACAGCACUUCCAUCCAGCUACCCGUACAGCAGCUCUUUGGGACGGCCUGACGUGAGCAGUUCGAGUUCAUCUGGAUCAGUCAAGCCCAGUGGUACAGCUCAUAAGAUCUGUUUGGUGUGCUCUGAUGAGGCCUCAGGAUGUCACUAUGGGGUUCUCACCUGUGGCAGCUGCAAGGUUUUCUUUAAAAGAGCUGUAGAGGGAUGGAGAGCACGACAAAACACAGAUGGGCAACACAACUAUCUGUGUGCUGGCAGGAACGAUUGCAUCAUUGACAAGAUCAGGAGGAAGAACUGCCCAGCCUGUCGCUUCCGCAAGUGUCUUCAGGCCGGCAUGAACCUGGAAGCUCGCAAAAAUAAGAAACUAUUGCGAUUAAAGGGUCCUUCAUCCUCGAGUGAGCAGGCGUCCCCUCUGCCCGACGAGCAUGUGCGCUCGCUGGUGCCCAAGGCCAUGCCGCAGCUGGUGCCCACCAUGCUGUCCCUGCUCAAAGCCAUCGAGCCCGAGAUCAUUUACGCCGGCUACGACAGCACCAUCCCCGACACCUCCACCCGCCUCAUGACCACACUCAACCGGCUGGGUGGACGUCAAGUCGUCUCUGCCGUCAAGUGGGCCAAAGCCCUUCCUGGCUUCAGAAACCUGCACCUGGAUGAUCAGAUGACUCUGCUGCAAUGCUCCUGGCUCUUCCUCAUGUCCUUCAGCUUGGGCUGGAGAUCUUACCAGCAGUGUGAUGGAGGAAUGCUGUGUUUCGCUCCAGAUCUCGUUAUCAAUGAGGAACGGAUGAAGCUGCCCUACAUGAGUGAGCAGUGUAACCAGAUGCUGAAAAUCGCCAAUGAGCUUGUCAGACUGCAGGUGUCGUACGACGAGUAUCUCUGCAUGAAAGUGCUCCUGCUUCUCAGCACAGUACCAAAGGAUGGACUCAAAAGCCAGGCAGUGUUUGAUGAAAUCCGCAUGUCAUACAUUAAGGAGUUGGGCAAAGCCAUCGUGAAACGAGAAGAGAACUCCAGUCAGAACUGGCAGAGGUUUUACCAGCUCACUAAACUCUUGGACUCCAUGCAGGAGAUGGUGGAGGGGCUCCUCAACUUCUGUUUCUACACGUUUGUGAAUAAAUCCUUGAGCGUGGAAUUCCCAGAGAUGUUGGCAGAGAUCAUCAGCCAUCAGCUACCAAAAUUUAAGGAUGGGAGCGUCAAGCCACUUCUGUUUCAUCAGAAAUGACUGCCUAAGAAAGCAACAAUGCCUUAACGCCACCCUUCCUCUACCAGCGAUAGUCCAACUCACCCGCUCACCCCCAAACCUUCAGAUGGAGGAAGUCACGUUCAACCCUUUACCCAAAUCAAGUUACAACACUUCAAGCCUUUGUGUCCACUUGGUGAAAAAAUGACUUUGAGAAAGACACUUUUUAUUGAUAUUUUCUCUUCUUUUUUUUUCUUUUUUUUGCAUGUACACUGCUGAAACGUUUACAAAGGUAUAUCAAAUAAAAGGGAAAAUGUGCCUUUUUUGCGCUUUGCGAAUUGACUUGCGCCAUUUUUUCAGGCUAAUGCAGUGGUUUGGCGUACAUACUUUUGUAUUGAUAUCUCACAUUGUUCAUCUCUUAUUUUGCUCUCAUACAAAGCAACUGUGAUGGUUCUGUGUAGUUGGCAGCUUAAGGGGCUGUUCACACCAAAUGUAUUUUUGCGUACAUCUGCGUUGUUGUUUUUUAUGUAGACACGCUAGAUAGACGUAUUUGACCAUUGUUUUCUCAGCGUCUUGAGUGAGAGCGCACUAAACCUUCAAACACCUAUAUUCUGUUCCAAUCAUUGUGCUGUGUCUAUCUUUUUUCAAUGCAAGAACACAUUCAGUGUAAACGGUUCUUAACACUGUGUCCUAACCAGAUGCAACAAACCGAAAUUGAUAAAUGCUAUCUCAUUCAGUUUUUGUCUUAACCAGCCAUGACCACGACAGGAGUGACAGGACAAUUUGUCGAUCUUUUCAUUUCUAUUUCUGCGACAUCGCGCCACAUAGCCCCGCCUAUUGUGGAAUCUCAUUGGUCCAUAACCUUGGUCCACAUAACUGUACAUUAAUCAUCAAAUUUGUGGACAAAUAGUUUGUCGCUGUACGAGAUUCUUUUGCGCCAUUUUACGAAGCCUUAUGGAAGCUCCAAAUCAUAAAAGUUUAUACGCAGCGACAUCGAAAUGCCAUAUGAUAAUUCAUCUCAAAUAAAAAACCUUUCCAUGCAUGAUACUAACAGCAAAUACUAAGUUGUUUUUGUUUUGUUUUAAAAAGCUGAAAUAUGUCAUUCUUUCAAUUAAAUAUUAAUUUUCCUUUCAUAUUAAUAUGCAGAGACAACCAUAAGCCAGUCAUUGCUUGAUUCCUUUGAAAAGAAAAACAUUGUGGCUCUGUGGCGCUAUCAAAACAGUAUAAAACAUUUGAGCAUCCCGACCACCCCGAAACAGCAAAAUUGGCUUAACCAAUGGCAUGAGUUUGGGGCUGGACUAUCUAUUUUUGUAGAAAUAAUGACUUAUAGUAAUAAAAAUUCAUUAUUUCAGUUUGUCGAUGCUAAUGCCGUAGAAAGUACACACUUUGCCUUUAACUGAAAUUUAAAUAUAUACUAUUGAAAUAACUGAAUUAUUAAAGAGUUUCUUUUGUUUGUUGAUUAUUAGCUCAGGUUUACUUAUGAACGGUCAGUAAAUGUCCAUUCAUUGGCUUUUGCAUUGAAUUAGAUUAAAUUUAGAAAGCUGAUGGUCAUUCCUGAAAUCAAGGAAAGAAUUCAGGGUUAAUUCAUCAGAUUUCUAUCCAUCCAAUAUGGUCAGGUGUAGAUUGGCCGCCCAGCAUUCAUGCUUUGCAGAAAUACCCCCAUUUCCCCCCUGAACAACCGCCCUGAUGAUUUUUUCAGUGUGUGUUGUGUUUGCAUUUGUUUUAUUUGUAGUCAUUAUUGGGUUUUCCACAAAAAAAAAAAAAAAUUAAGUUACGGAAUAUUCUUCACAAAUGCUAAAUCUGGUCAUCGAUAAGAGGCAUGUCAGUUUUUGACCCACAUUCUUAGUUUUUGCCUUACAUGUAUCCCAGUGGUGCCAAGCCACAAAUGCACUCUUUUGUAGUCACUUCCAGAACAAAAUGAACAUUUGUUUUUCUGUCUGCUCGAGCAUGUUUGUUCAUUGUUACGUGUUAGCUGGCACUCAUGUUUGUACUUUGGGGAUUCACAUUUACUCACAGAACUGCACCAGUUAAGCUUAAUUCCUGGCUUAAAGGAAUAGUUCACCCAAAACAUUUUUUUUUGGAAGCUUUACAUAGUUACUAUGAACUGUCAUGUGCAAACAAAACUAAAGAUUCUUCAUAAAUUACCAUUUUAUUUUUCAUGGAAUAAAACAACAGUAUAAGUGUUUGGAACGAUGUAGGUGAGUAAAUAAUGACAGCAUGUUCAUUUUUGGGUGAAGUAUUCCUUUUAAAGUACUCACUCAUUAGGGUUGCCAGAUGUCCCAUUUUGGACGAAAUGUCCUGUAUUUUGGACAAAAUGAAGACGUCCUAUACAUGAGGGGAUGUUCCAUUCAAGGAACCCCCCACUUCCCCACAGUCAGAUAGCAAAAUGUCCCAUAUUGAAGCGACAAAAUGAAAAUGGUCAUAGGGAGUGAUAACCCUAUGACUCAUUAGGGUUGCCAACUCUCCCAUAUUAGCCAGGACAUACUGUAUUUUGGGGAUGGUGUUGUCCCAUAUUUAAUGGCAAAAUGUUUCAUGGGGACCCCCCCGCCUGGUUGGACGGUGCAACACUUGAAGGGACUUCAGACAUCCCAUAUUGAAGCGGCAAAAUGAAAAUCCUCAAGGAGGAACACCCCGUGGGUGGACGGCUAAACAAGAGGGAGACAGACCCCCCUCCCAACCCCCACCCUUCACUCAUUUUCUGACAGCGAAACAUCCCAAAUUGAAGCACUCAAAAUGCAUCUUGUAUUCGCUUGGUGAAAAAUUGCCAACCCUGUCACUAAUUUCCCAUAUGGGAUGGAUAUUGUUGUGCAUUUAAAUGGUGAAACGUCCAAGGACGACCCCCACCCUGGACAGAUGGUGAACCGUUCGAGGGGGACCCCCCUGGUCGGACAGUGAAACGUCCCACAUUGAAGCACUCAAAAUGCUCAAGUGUCGUGUAUUCUCUAGGUGAAAAGUUGGCAACCCUAUCACUCACUGACCUUCUAAUCAGAGUUUCAUUCUUAUAAGCGUUAAUUAACUUGCAUAUUUUGGGGAAAAUAUUCCGGCUCUUACAUGCAUAAGACAAAAGAAUGUUAAAACAUUUAUAACUAACAAUAUUACUUAGAAAAAUACAACUAAAUUUGGUAAUUUGAUAAGAUUCGGUGUUUGAGUGCCAUUGAGACACUUUGAUCCUGUAUGGCCCUUUACAGUAUUAAAACUUAUGUGAGCAUUGGGUUUCUCAUGCUUGAGUUAAUAUUGUUAGACCUGGCCAAGACACUGUUGGUUGUCGUCAGCUGGCAUCUCGCCAUGGCCUGUAUUUGUUACCUGCAGAGCUGUAAUACAGUCCUUUGUUCGAAAGGAGAGUGCUUUUGGUUUUUACAUGUAAUGUAAAUCGCUUCAUUUAUUCAACAUGAAAUUAAAAUAUAUACACAGUACAUAUCCCAUUCCCUCCCAGCGGAUAGCUCAAAUAUUUUUUAAGUAAAAAUUCCUUGCUACGUUGAUGAGAUAUUUUUCUAAUUGUUUCACAGUAGGCCUUGCAAAGGGAGACCGUGAGCCAAAUAAUGUCCAUUGUGUAAAUUUAGGAGAACACUGAAAUGUCUAGAAAAUAUUUUUUCUUUUUGAAAAUCAUUGAUCUUUUUAAUCUAAACUAAAAUGCAAUUACGCAAGUUCUCUUUGAUAUAUAAAUCAUUUUACAAAAACAAAAAUAAUAAUAAUACUUAAGUUUUAUUGUUAUCUCUUUUGUCAAGAAAUGUAUUGCAAAUGCACUUUUGAAAAAAGUAUUAAUAUGUAAAUGUAAAUUCUAUAUAAAUUGAUAGGGAAAAUAUAAGUUUAAUCAUUUUAAAGAAUGAAAACAAAGUUAUAAUUUUGUGAGUGUAUGGGUGUAUAUAUUUGAGUAUAUUUUGUAUAGUGCAACAACAGAGUGACCAAAGCAACGCAGAUUUAAAAAAAAAGAAAAUAAUAAUAAUAAAAAAAAAAGUCCUUAUUUAAAGAAGUUACAUUUUACAGUAGCGCUUACUUCCCAACUCUAGUACUUUAUUUUAUCCUUUUCUAUUUCUUUUAUAAAAAUGUAGGCUUUGGUUUCAUGUAUAAUACUGUAAAAUGAACUACUCUUUACAAAAAGAUAUCAAAAUAGAUUAAAAAAAAAUACAUCUGUGUGUAUAAAUAAUGUAUCAAAACCUGAGAUUUUGCACUACUCUAAUACUGGCCUGACAUAGUCUAUUUUGUACAAAAUUCAUGCAAAUACUAUCUUUAAAGAUAAAGGGCAAAUCAUAUUUCAUUGGUAUAUGGCUUUCAUUAAAGUCUUUUUUUUUUUUUUUUUUUUUUUUUUUUUUUGCAUUUUAGUUAUAUGAAA